UACGAUUUGUGUAAAGAUUUAUAGGUUUAUAUUACUUAUGUAACUUAUGCAAAGUUAGUUCUACUAGUACUAGUUACUGCUGGGACUGGUUCCAAGAACUAUUAUUUUGAUUAAGGCUAAAAAGGCAUGUGACAGACCAGCGUACAAUGUUAGUAAGUUUUAACUGCAGCAGAUUGACUAAAGUGUUUAUCUAACAUGAUUGAACUGGUGCUAGUUUAUUUGAUUGUGUUCUCUGUGCUCAUAAUUCUUUAUCUCUUGUGCAUGCCGUCUUCAGUUAACGGUAAACCAACUCCAGAUUUCUCUGCUCUAUCUGUUUUCUUUGACUAAUUGACUUAAUUCUCACAAUUCCCAUAUUCGAUCAAAUUCAUACCCAUCCUCCGUGGCUCGUAUAACACGUCAUGCAGUUGUUUUGCGAAUGUUCGAUUGACACACCUUCUAGUUAAGGAGCAUGGAUGGCAAAUACGUGUUUUGGCUUUUCACUCAGGUUCUAGAAAUAGUUUCCAUUUAACUUUUACAUAAUUCUGUUUAUGACGAAUAGCUUUAACUUGAUCAAUGUUAGGAAUGUAGAGUUACUGGAAAGUUCUUAAGGGAAACCAUCUGUGAUCGUUUGCCUGAAAUUGCUCCUUUUGAUGAAAGAAACGUAGUGAAUUUAGAAAACUUUCAUGCUUUUCGCAUUGCAUCAACUAACAAGGACAUUGGCAUGACCUCCAUCUCGAAAAUAAAUACCAUUCAGUGCCUGCUUAUUAUUGAUUUUUUUUUCUCUAUUUCCUUUUUUCCCUUGGUUUAUUUUUGUGUAUGUAUCUGUCCCCUUGCCUGCAAUUGCUGUAUGCACAUGAAAUUGUAUUAUGGCUCAUGUUCCUCCCUCUACAAAUCUCCGCUGGACUCGAGCAGAGGAGGUUGAAGUUUCCAACCUUGAUCCUGUCGCUCUGGAUGAGGAUCAUUCCGGUUCUCGCAGACUGCAGAACCUUUGGAGAGAUUCCAGAGAGGAAGCACUGGGAGAGUACUAUAUGAGGAAAUAUGCCAAGUCUUCAGGAGGAGAACAUUUUUAUGGAGGAUCAGAGGAUCUUUCUGAUGACAUCACUCAGCAACAGUUGCUCCCUGGUGUCAAGGAUCCUAAUUUGUGGACCGUCAAAUGUAAGAUCGGCGAGGAGAGAGCAACUGCCAUUGCGUUGAUGAGGAAAUUCAUUGCCUACCAGUGCACUGACACACCACUUCAGAUUAAAUCAGUAGUGGCUCCUGAGCAUGUGAAGGGAUAUAUCUAUAUUGAGGCAUAUAAGCAGACCCAUGUCAAAGCUGCCAUCGAAGGAGUUGGAAACCUGCGGAUGGGCUACUGGAACCAGCAAAUGGUGCCCAUUAAAGAGAUGACUGAUGUCCUCAAAGUGGUCAAAGAAGUGACCAAUCUGAAACCAAAAUCCUGGGUCCGGCUUAAAAGAGGCUUGUACAAAGACGAUAUCGCACAGGUUGACUAUGUGGAACCAAGCCAAAAUACAAUAUCGCUGAAAAUGAUUCCUCGAAUUGACUUGGAGCGAAUUAAAGCAAGGAUGAGCAUGAAAGACUGGUUUGCAAAGAGAAAAAAGUUCAAGAGACCACCACAAAGGCUCUUUGAUGCUGAGAAGAUCAGGUCACUUGGAGGCGAAGUUAGCCAUGAUGGUGAUUUUAUGAUAUUUGAAGGCAACCGAUAUAGUCGCAAAGGCUUCCUGUUUAAAAGCUUUGCCAUGUCAGCUGUGAUCACGGAUGGCAUUAAACCAACUCUUUCUGAACUGGAGAAGUUUGAGGAUCAGCCUGAAGGCAUUGACCUGGAAGUGGUGACUGAAACAACAGGUAAGGAACGAGAACACAACCUCCAGGCUGGGGACAAUGUGGAGGUGUGUGAGGGUGAGCUGAUCAAUCUUCAGGGGAAAAUUCUUAGUGUCGAUGGUAACAAGAUAACAAUCAUGCCCAGACAUGAGGAUCUGAAGGACCCUCUAGAGUUUCCAGCUCAUGAGUUGAAGAAGUACUUUCGUAUGGGUGACCACGUGAAGGUCAUUGCAGGCCGUUAUGAAGGAGACACGGGUCUUAUAGUUCGCGUUGAAGAAAACUUUGUCAUUCUCUUCUCUGAUCUCACAAUGCACGAGCUUAAGGUCUUACCUCGGGACUUGCAGCUAUGCUCAGAGACUGCAUCUGGGGUGGAUGCAGGAGGACAGCAUGAAUGGGGGGAGCUGGUACAGCUAGAUCCACAAACUGUGGGCGUCAUUGUUCGGCUGGAGAGAGAGACCUUCCAGGUACUUAACAUGCAUGGUAAGGUGCUAACGGUGCGGCACCAGGCAGUGAAUAGACGGAAGGACAAUCGCUUUGCUGUCGCCCUGGACUCUGAGCAGAACAACAUCCAUGUAAAAGACAUUGUCAAAGUCAUAGAUGGACCACAUUCGGGCAGAGAGGGAGAAAUUCGACAUCUCUUCCGGGGGUUUGCAUUCCUUCACUGUAAGAAGCUUGUUGAAAAUGGAGGCAUGUUUGUCUGUAAGACACGCCAUCUUGUGCUGGCUGGGGGUUCAAAGCCUCGAGAUGUGACCAAUUUCACUGUUGGUGGUUUUGCUCCCAUGAGUCCUCGAAUUAGCAGUCCGAUGCACCCAGGAGGAGGCGGUCAGAUGCAGAGGGGCGGGGGUGGUGGCGGAAUGGGACGUGGCCGUGGAAGACGAGACAACGACCUGAUUGGACAGACAGUUCGUAUAUCCCAAGGACCAUACAAAGGUUACAUUGGAGUGGUCAAAGAUGCCACAGAAUCAACAGCAAGAGUAGAGCUGCACUCUACCUGUCAGACUAUUUCUGUGGACCGCCAGCGACUUACCAGUGUUGGUGCUAAGAGACAUGGAGGAAUGACCUCCACUCAUGGUCGGACUCCAAUGUACGGCUCCCAGACGCCCAUGUACGGCUCAGGCUCUCGUACGCCGAUGUAUGGCAGCCAGACACCCCUCCACGACGGAAGCCGAACACCUCAUUACGGUUCCCAGACUCCGCUGCAUGAUGGAAGCCGGACACCUGGGCAGAGUGGAGCUUGGGACCCCAACAAUCCCAACACACCAUCAAGGCCGGAUGAGGAUUAUGAGUUCAGCUAUGAUGAUGAGCCCUCUCCGUCUCCUCAGGGCUAUGGGGGCACGCCUAAUCCUCAGACCCCUGGCUAUCCGGAAGUGCCCUCUCCACAAGUCAAUCCCCAAUACAAUCCCCAGACCCCUGGAACACCUGCAAUGUACAAUACAGACCAGUACUCUCCAUAUGCAGCACCAUCUCCACAGGGCUCUUACCAACCUAGCCCCAGUCCACAGAGUUAUCACCAGGUGGCCCCGAGUCCAGUGGGUUACCAAAACACCCACUCACCAGCCAGCUACCACCCCACACCUUCACCCAUGGCAUACCAGGCAAGUCCAAGCCCCAGCCCAGUUGGCUAUAGCCCCAUGACUCCUGGGGCUCCAUCCCCAGGUGGCUACAACCCUCACACCCCUGGCUCAAACAUCGACCAGACCUCCAGUGACUGGGUCACUACAGACAUCCUGGUGCGUGUCAAGGACACGUUUCUGGAUGGAGGAGUCAUCAACCAGACAGGCGUCAUCCGCAGUGUGACUGGUGGCAUGUGCUCAGUCUAUCUGCAGGACACCGAGAAGGUGGUGAGCAUCUCGAGUGAACACCUAGAGCCUGUGACUCCGACCAAAAACAACAAGGUGAAGGUGAUUUUGGGAGAAGACCGAGAGGCCACUGGUGUCCUGCUCAGUAUUGAUGGAGAGGACGGCAUCGUCCGAAUGGAACUGGAUGAGCAGCUCAAAAUUCUCAAUCUCCGCUUUCUUGGAAAACUGGAAGUGUGAACAAAUGAACUCUAAUCAGCCACAUGAUGGUCAUCAAGAUGAUUUUUUUUUUCUUUUUUCUUUUUUUUGUGGUUUUGUGUCACAUCUUAGAGUUAAAUCAAAAGGUGAUUUUGCUUGCUUUUUAUUCAGUGUUUUAGUGGCUAUAGAUAAAUCACUGAUGUUUUGCUUUCCAGCAAAUGGAUUCCAUGUCAAUAAAUAAAAGAACUUUAAGCAGUCUUUCAA